UUUCCUUCGUUCAUUGCUCCUGUCCUUGCUCCCCAAGCGAACACCAGCGCAAGACGUCACUCGCAAGAAAGGUUUUUGCAGACCUAGGAAAGACACCUAUUCUAUCUUCCUGUACAGAUCUUCUUCGCGCCUGCAAGUCUCCGUGCCUCGUGGUUACGUGGGGUCUAAUAGCGUACUGUGACGGGUCUUCUUCCUGGCGCCUCUCAGGCCCUUCGCCGUUCCCCACCGCUUCCGUCACUCGUUCAACGCCGUUUAGCCCCGUUUGUCUCACGAUCGUUCUAUCCUUCUUGCCGGCUAUUCGUUAUCCCUGAAGCCUCGAUAUGGCGACUUUCGGGACAGUCACAGCCACGCAACCGCACAAUCCUAACAAGGAUAUCGAGGUGGCCCAACCGCCCAAUGACGGCAUCUCCAGCAUGUGCUUUAACCCCAAGGCCAACUUCCUCGUUGCCACGUCAUGGGACAACCAGGUGCGCUGCUGGGAGAUUCAGGGCAAUGGAGCCAGUGUGCCCAAGGCAGGCACAGCACACGAUCAACCUGUGCUUUGCUCAGCGUGGAAGGACGAUGGCACCACUGUGUUCUCAGGCGGGUGCGACAAGCAGGCCAAGAUGUGGCCGCUAAUGUCGGGGGGAGCAGCGAGCACAGUGGGUGUGCAUGACGCGCCGAUCAACAAGAUGGCGUGGAUUGCUGAGAUGAACCUGCUGGUCACGGCCAGCUGGGACAAGACCAUCAAAUGAACCUGCUGGUCACGGCCAGCUGGGACAAGACCA